GAGAGAGAGAGAGAGGGGAUAAGGGCUGGUUGACAUAGUAACUCCGUUCUUUUUUUUUAAAUUUAUUUAUUUCUCCCCCCUUCCUCUCUCUCCCCCUCACGCUCGGGGGUUAUCCGGAGGCUCUGCGCGGCGUAGAAAACCGCCUGCUUGGACAACUGAGGUGGGGGCUGGAAAGCGACGACCCCGCCAAGGGAAGAGAUCCGCUGGGGCUCGCCCUUUAGUCUCUUCUUCCCACCCACCCCCCACUCCACGCAGAAACGACCUUCUCCAGCCCGCUUUUUAAAAUGGGGACGCUGCGCCACAGGUAGCCGGAGGAACAGAAAGCGAGCCAUUUUUUAAAUAAUAAUAAUAAUAAUAUUGCUUUUAAUACGCUGGCCGAGCGCGCGCGCGUCUCUCUCUCUCUCUUUCUCUCUGGGCAGCGCGCGCCCGGCUGUAUUUUAUUUUUAUUUUUUUGCGGGAGAGAGAGGGGGGGUUCCCCCGAGGGUGCCCCUUUUGGGGUCCGGGGCUGGGAGCCUCCUGAAGAAGAGGGGGCUUUUUUUUUUCUCGGGACCCCCCCCCACCUCUCCUCAGAGGAAGCGCCAUGAGUCACAACCAGCUCUACGCCCCGCGGGGGACCGGCUCGCCCGUCGGCGGAGCCCCCAGGAACGACAGCCAGGACUAUCUGCUGAUGGAUUCCGAAGCGUGUGAGGAGAACUGCCUGGCGCCUUACGCUUACUACCCCAUUAGAGGUGCUGAGAACCGGCAUGGCUUUCGCCAACAGACUGUAGUUAGAGAGAAAGGAAGGAGAUCUGCCAUUCGGGGCCCGGCAUAUAUGUUUAAUGAUCAUUCAACCAGCCUUUCUAUCGAGGAAGAGCGUUUUCUGGAAGCAGCAGAAUAUGGCAAUAUCCCUGUAGUCCGCAAAAUGCUGGAGGAAUGCACAUCGCUCAACGUGAACUGUGUGGAUUACAUGGGCCAGAAUGCGUUACAAUUGGCUGUGGCAAAUGAACACCUGGAAAUCAUAGAGCUGUUACUUAAGAAGGAAAACUUGUCACGGGUUGGAGAUGCGCUACUCCUAGCUAUUAGCAAAGGCUACAUCCGAAUUGUUGAAGCCAUUUUGAACCAUCCCGCAUUUGCAGAAGGGAAGAGGCUGGCCACAAGCCCCAGUCAAUCAGAGUUGCAACAUGAUGACUUUUACGCCUACGAUGAGGAUGGAACUCGUUUCUCCCAUGACGUGACCCCCAUUAUCCUCGCUGCCCACUGCCAUGAGUAUGAAAUUGUGCAUAUCCUGCUGAGGAAAGGAGCUCGGAUUGAGAGGCCUCAUGAUUAUUUCUGCAAAUGCAGCGAAUGCAACAAGAAGCAAAAGAAUGACUCUUUCAGCCAUUCUAGAUCCAGGAUCAAUGCUUACAAAGGUCUGGCGAGUCCAGCUUAUCUGUCUUUGUCAAGUGAGGACCCAGUUAUGACUGCCUUAGAACUCAGCAAUGAGUUGGCUGUGCUUGCUAACAUCGAAAAAGAAUUCAAGAACGAUUACAAAAAAUUAUCAAUGCAGUGCAAGGACUUUGUGGUUGGACUUCUUGAUUUGUGCAGAAACACAGAAGAAGUGGAAGCUAUCCUCAACGGAGAUGUUGAACUGAACCACGGGGAGCAUGGACGUCCAAGCCUGAGCCGCUUAAAACGGGCUAUAAAAUAUGAAGUCAAAAAAUUUGUUGCACAUCCAAACUGCCAGCAGCAACUUCUCUCAAUCUGGUACGAGAACCUGUCGGGUUUACGACAACAGACCAUGGCAGUGAAGUUUUUAGUGGUUCUUGCUGUAGCUGUUGGGUUGCCAUUCCUUUCAAUGGCUUAUUGGAUUGCUCCAUGUAGUAAGUUGGGUAGAAUCAUGCGUGGGCCCUUCAUGAAAUUUGUGGCACAUGCAGCCUCUUUCACCAUUUUCCUUGGGCUCCUGGUCAUGAACGCAGCAGACAGAUUUGAUGGCACCAAACUAAAGCCCAAUGAAACCGUGACAGAUAGUGCAAAACAGCUGUUUCGAAUGAAGACAUCUUGCUUCUCCUGGAUGGAAAUGCUGAUUAUCUCAUGGGUAAUAGGUAUGAUAUGGGCUGAAUGUAAAGAAAUUUGGUCCCAAGGUCCAAAGGAAUACCUGUUUGAGUUGUGGAAUAUGCUAGAUUUUGGUAUGUUGGCUAUUUUUGCAGCCUCAUUCAUUGCAAGGUUCAUGGCCUUCUGGCAUGCUUCUAGAGCCCAGAAUAUUGUUGACGCUAAUACAGAGAUGAAGGACUUGUCAACUGCAAUAUUGGAUCCCAGGAUAAAGUACUACACUUUGGCAAGAAUAGACUGGGAUCCGUCUGACCCUCAAAUCAUAUCCGAAGGCUUGUAUGCAAUUGCUGUGGUUUUAAGUUUCUCACGCAUCGCCUAUAUUUUGCCAGCCAACGAAAGCUUUGGACCCUUGCAGAUAUCACUUGGUAGAACUGUGAAAGACAUAUUCAAGUUCAUGGUCAUAUUUAUCAUGGUUUUUGUGGCCUUCAUGAUAGGAAUGUUUAACCUCUACUCCUAUUACUUGGGAGCAAAGCAGAAUGAAGCAUUUACUACAGUGGAAGAAAGCUUCAAGACUUUGUUCUGGGCAAUAUUUGGACUUUCUGAAGUAAAAUCUGUGGUCAUAAAUUAUAACCACAAAUUUAUUGAAAAUAUUGGCUAUGUCCUUUAUGGUGUUUAUAAUGUCACCAUGGUUAUUGUUUUAUUGAACAUGCUUAUCGCAAUGAUUAAUAGUUCCUUCCAGGAAAUUGAGGAUGAUGCUGAUGUAGAAUGGAAGUUUGCCAGAGCGAAACUCUGGUUUUCUUAUUUUGAGGAAGGCCGAACACUUCCUGUCCCUUUCAAUCUGGUGCCUAGCCCCAAAUCUCUGCUGUACUUUUCCCUCAGAAUAAAGACGUGGAUUUUUAAACUACUCUUUUGCCAUGCGAAAGGUUUCCAGGAAGAUGCUGAGAUGAAUCAGAUGGAGCAUAAUAAGCUACCAAAUAUAAGAAGUACAGAUGACAUCGACUUAAACAGCCCAAAUAAUUCACAAAGAAAGUACCAGAAGAUCAUGAAACGUCUUAUUAAACGAUAUGUACUGAAAGCUCAAGUAGACAGAGAAAGUGAUGAAGUCAAUGAAGGUGAGCUGAAAGAAAUUAAACAGGACAUCUCAAGCCUUCGAUAUGAGCUCCUUGAAGAAAAAUCACAGAACACAGAAGACCUGGCAGAACUUAUCAGAAAGCUUGGAGAGAAAUUGCAUAUUGAACCAAAGCAGGAACAAAGCAGCAGAUAACAAGAUCUUCUGUCUCAAAAGGAAAAGAAGCAAAAAUCCUCCAAGCUGGCAGACCCAAUGAAAGCCAUAUCAGUGUUUACCUCCCCUUUGUUCUCCUUCAGACUUAAUUGACACUUUUAGAGCAGACAUCAAAAGCAGACACAUCUUGAAUGGAUCUUUUUAUUAUUAUUUGUUACGGGAAAAACAGCAUUUGACUGAGUUGUUCAAUUCCAUGCACCAAAGGAGAAAGAGAGAAGAAGAAAAAGAACUUUUCAAAAAUAGUCUUAAAAUUAAAAAAAGACAUAAAACACAGUCUCGUAAACUAUAUGACUUUAACUGCUAGAUUCUGUUAACAUCAAGUUCUUUUUCACAUAUACAAUAUGUUCAAACACGCAUACCUUAUAUUUGAUCGUGUAUCUAUAAUCAUAGUCCAUUAAAAUAAAGCGAGGUUGCAAUAAAUUAGCUAGGAACAGAGUUCCGGUCUUAAAAAGAAAAGAACUGAACCUCUUUUAACUAAAAAGAAAGAGUUACAAUUAAAUUGUUAAUUAACCAAAGAGAUUAAUUUCUUUGUCAGUAUAAAGGCUUAGAGUGGAUGAAAGAUAAGUUCAAAAGAAUACAUCUCGAAAUUGUUGUAGAACUACUGUACUAUAACACCAGAGGUAUCGCCAUACUACAGUGACUCCUCAACUUACAACCAUAAUUGAGCUUGCAAUUACAGUCAUAAAUUGAGAUGGUCAUUAAGUGGGUCAUCACAUGAUUGUCCCUGUUCAUUUUAUGACCUUUUUUACAGUGGUUGUUAAGUGAAUGUGAUGGUCGUAAAGCAAAUGCUACAGCUGUUAAGCAAACAUUGUGCUUGUUAACUGAAUACUGUGGUUCUGAAGCAAAUCUUUUCUUUGCAGUGGUUGCUUUGUGGUGGGAGCUAGAAGCAAACACCAGUUUCUGGCCAAAAACAUCAUAAAUCUCAGUCACAUAACCGCAGGCAAUUCAAAGCAUGCAAGGAAGGAGGAAGUUCUAAACCACUGGUUCUCUACGGUUUUUUUCAUCAUGGACCUCCCUUUUAAUACCUUUUGUGGUCACUUACCAGGGCCACGAACCCACCCACCCCAAGACUCAAGAUUUAAAUCAUAACAUUUCUUCCAGUCUUUGCAGACCUCUGACAACAUCACAGCCCCCCAGGAGUCCAUGGACCAGAAGUUGAGAAUCACUAGGCUAAACCAUAUAUAGAAUGACAAUAACCAUCUCACACACACACAAAAUAUUACCAAGUUACAAAAAGCUGAAUAAGGUGGUAUCAACAAUAUAUGAAUAAAUUAUGUUAGGAUUUUAUGUAUAUGUUUAUGAUAAAGUGUAUGGAGCUGUUUGCAUAAUGUGAUAAGCCGGAUUUGUUCAUUAUCAGGAAACACACAUUUCUCUCUCGGGCUUUGGCAUACAAUUAAAUGAAA